GCCGUUAAACAAACUGUCGACGCUUGUCCGCCCACUCUUGGCUCCACAGUUCUCACGACCACCCUUCUCUACUCAGACUGUUCCAAAGUAGACCCCAGUCGUUCUCUAACUUGUAUUGCCCUUCCAAUGAAGAUUUCUGCGAGUCUCCUUGUCCUCAGGCGCAGCGCUGCUUGCCACUGCCUCAGCCAAGUCGGGCAUCAAGAUUAUUCUACCCAAGGCUAACGUAGGCGACCUCGACAACCCAUGUGCCACGCACUCAUGCCGGGCCAGCGAAGUGUGCAUCAACCAGCAGGUUGCCUGCUUUGUCGCGCCAUGCUACCCGGUUGCCAGCUGCGUCGCUGUUGGCAAGAACACGCUCCUCUCGGCUCUUUAAAACAUUUUUGGUUUUUUGUAUUCAGAUAUCCAUUUUCUAUGGCAUACCAAGUAGAACAGC